ACUCGCGCGUCGUUAAGCUCCUGUAAAGGCUGUAUGUAGGGCUGCAAGCCGACGGCGACGUGGACAAAUCUUUUGGGUUUUCUCUUCUAUUUUAUGUCUAAUUUGCUUUCCAGGCUCAUCAGAAAAGGCUUUAUAUACAGGACAGGGUUUGGUUCAUUCAGCUGUGUUCAAAACAAAAACCAGUUAUACUGUAUGUGAGGUGUAGAGCCGUUCACAUGUGCACAACAAUUGCUGUGUGUGACAUCAAUAGAAGAAAGAGUUUUCUGCUAUUUUAGAUUAUUAUUAUAGAUGAAAUACAGCACAAUGGCUCUUUCAGGUCCACUCCUCCUGCUUGCUGUGUUGUUGGGUAUAUGUCAAGCCAAAGUCAACUUCCCGAAGGACAACAGGGUGGAUGUGGAGUUUCCUCCGAAGAUCACCUACAGGAAAGAUGGUGUCAUUUCAACUGGGCAUCUUAGACCGUUUGGAUACCAAAAGAAACCUACGAGUCGUGUCAGGGAAUACAGGGAGCCGCUUCCUCCUAAGAACUUCUGGGAGGACCAUGUCCGUCACCGGGAGCCUUGCGUCUAUAGGGGCGCUGUCACCGAUUCGCCAGCAAUGACAAACUGGACUGAUGACUACUUGAAUAAAGAGUACGGUGACCUUGAUGUCUUGGUAGAGUUAAAAAAGGAGCAGCGAGGAUCCAGAAACAAAAGAAUGAAGAUCUCCAAGUUCCUGAGCCAUUAUGGUGUUGAAGACUGGUAUGUGGUGACAGUUCUACCGGACGAGAUGAGACAUGAAAUACAGGUACCCAAGAGCCUGCUAUGUGGUACCUUCAAGCGGUUCAUCCAGGAGACCAACCUAUGGAUCAGCAGCGGAGGAACAGCAUCGGUCAUCCACUAUGACGCUGAUCACAACCUUCACUGCCUACUGGCUGGGAAAAAGAACUUCAUCAUGAUACACCCAAAGUUUGCCAAGUACUUGGAAAUGGCAGAAAAGCCCAAUUUUGUCGGAUCUGGUUAUUCUAAACUUGACGUUGAUAUGAUCAAUAUGUUUCAGUAUCCCGACGUAGCUAAAGUCCAGUGGACCUGGGCAACACUCAAUCCUGGUGAUUGUCUAUAUAUUCCCGCAGGUUAUCUACACCAGGUUCGUUCUCAUGGCAGGAGUGUAUCAGCUACCAUUCUCUUCACAUCUCUGCCCACGUUUGAUGACUCAGACUGUAGCAGAGAUGUUAUAAAUACCUACACCGGUCUGGAUGAGGUCAGAGUUCUCUGGACAUAUAAAAAGGGAGACAGAGUGAUUGAGAUGGGUUACAUGAACCCUGAAGCUCUCCGAGACAGUUUUCUCACACUGCUCGGAGAAUCCCAUCAACUCAACUUUGAGAAGUUCAAGUAUUACUUCAUGGAUAUCACCAAAGAGGAUGAAGAUGAGACAAACUCCAGGGAUAUAGAGUAUCCGAUGGCUGAAGAGGCUUUUAAGAUGUUUGACCAUGAAAACAAAGGUUACGUUACGAGAGAAGAAAUCGUAGAGAUGGACGUGGAGUACUUCAAAGACUUUGCCAGGAUCCUAGAUCUUCCAAGCGGUCCCACUGCAGACGAUAUGCACGAUGAGUUAUAACCUCUAGCUCUUCUAGUACCCCUUCAGUCACGCCUCUGAAACUGGCUCCAGGGCUCCUGUCUUACAAAGAGUCUCGACUGAUCUGAUCAAACGCAAAUGUGGAACUGGGGGCGAUUUCAUAAAGCUGUUUGUAAGUGAAGAGCGACUUUAAGAACGACUGGUGAUCCUUUCUUAUGUGCUAAACCAUCGCUAAUGAAUAUACCAUUUACCACAAGAAAGGAUCACCAGUCGUUCUUAAAGUCGCCUCAACUUACAAACAGCUCUAUGAAACACCCACCAGAUGUGUUCAAACUGUUUUCUAGAUAUCUGAUGUAUACUCAUGCAUUCAUUGUUGUCUUGACAAUUUGGUGUGUUCCUCUUUGUUUACAAAGGACAUUGUGCAAACUGCAUGCAGAGCUGCCAAGUGGUACUGGUUUUCAGUAAUUAUUACUGAAAAAUGAGAAAAAAUACUGGUGGUUUCAUGCAAAUUACUGAUUUCUAAAGUGUCAGUUAAUGCGUCUUAUGGUAUUUCUGUGGAAAUACUGAUUUUCUCACCAAAAUACUGAUUUUCAGCCUUUCAAAAAAUAGUGAAAUGUUCUUGAUCAGGUUGGCAUCUCUGUUUCUGUAGUAAAAGAUUAUGACAGUGAUGGAUUUCUACAGAGUUGAGGUUGAUUGAAUCAGUUGCAACUCUUGGUAAGACAGGGCCCAGAUCGAUCAAGAUCGUUGACAGACUAUCGGUUGGUUGGGGUAAGUUUCAUUGGUGCGAGUGAAACCUUAUUUAUUGUAGACUGUCAGGAUUUGAUGUCUUGUAAUAGCUUUCUAUUGUAUCUUGGAUGGGGGUGGUUUGGGGGUACCAUGACAUUUGCUCCGGUAACAAUUGCUCUGCUCGAAAUUCCAUCUAUUAAUAGAAUGACCAACUUGAACCCUGGAUUUAACACUAUACCCUACCUUAAGACUAACCCUAAACCAAACAUAAACCCCUAAUGCAACUCUAACCCUAUAUCAUAGAUGAAAUAAAGCUUGGAGCAAAAGUUGUGUGACCGGGUUUUGUGUCAGUGCCUUGAAAUUGUAUAAACAGAUUCUAAUUUUAUAUAGCACAACUAAAAAAAAGAACUUUUCUUGUAAUUUUAGUUAAAUCAGAGAGAGAGAAAAUACUGGUAACUUAUAACCAUUGAACUCUACAACAGAUAAUAGCCUAGAAUUGCGCUAGAAUAUGAAUUUGGGAGGCGCGAUAGCUCCGUCGGUAGAGCGGGGUAUUCGGAUUCUGGUGACCCGGGUUAGAUUCCCACUUGGUGCGCUAGUAGCUUUUGGUAAGACAUUUAUCCUCAUUACCAGGUCCCUCGGAGAGGACCUUAAGCCACCGGUCCUCUGGUUGCUUGCUUACAAUCAUUCAUGCUUUCUUUAACAAUUGGGUAAAAAAUCACCACCAUUUACCAUUUAAAUUUUUAUAUAUUCAACUCAUAAAUAUUUUUCUACUGUACUAUUGUAAUUGAAACUGACAUCUCAAGGCUAACCUACGUAGUAUACAUGUAUAUACUUAGUAUAUCUAUAUAUUGAAUAGAAAACUGUUUUAUUAUACCCCUGGUGUAGUGGUAUUCACAGUACUGUCUUCCAUUUUUAUCUUUGUCUUUCAUUUUAUCAAGCAAUACGAAAUAUAGUUUCAAAUUUUUUUUUAUUGCUUUCUGCAUGGUAUAUGAUAUUUAAAUCUUAAACAUUGAAUCAUGCUAUAAUAAUUAAUCAUAUUAUUGUGCCUUUGAUAUGGUUUACAGUAUUAAAACAUUUAAGUACAAAGCAUUAUAAAGCAUUUUUUUAAAUCUUGAUGAAUAUGAUGCUGUUAUAAUUGUGCCUUAUUAUACGUUAUGCUAGGCCUAUCUAUAAAUGUUUUUGAAAGGAAUGUGAGGAUAACAUAACAGUACCCUAUUCAGUAUCUAUACUAUUUGAAAUUACUGAAAAAGGCCCCCGGUACUACAAUACUGCAAGAAUCUUCAGGAUUGAAGGAGGCAGUCAGUGUAGGUUGAAGAAGAAUUAUAUUGAUCUAACUAUGUGUAUGAGAAGGAUUUCUGCAACCCCCAGCCCCCCCCCCCUCUUCUUUUUUUUGUCCGUAAAACUAAUUAAUUUUCAUGAAAAAAAUAAACUGAUACAAGAUAAAUUUCAUCUGGAGUAUAGCCUUUCACCUUGAAGAGAUUAGAAUACUUAAAGCCAUUCCAGAAGACUAAAAACAAAUCCAGAAGUUGAGAUGAUAAUUAUAUGAAAUGGAACAAAUAUACUUCGGUAUUUUACUUUCCUCUUCUUUUUUAAAGUAAAUCAUAUUCUUUUAUUUUAAUGAAAAUAUAUUUUGUGGGCCAGUUUGUGUAUGUUUA